UGGAGACAACACUGGUUCACUUGCUCAUCGCGCUCUUCAGCACAAAAGACGCUCCUCUCAAGACGGGUUCUUUUUUAUUCAGCAUUCGUGUUUCCUAAACCGAAGUCAACAUGUCGGCCAUCCAGCUCUCGUUCUCUCUCCGCGUUUCCUCUGGCGUCAAGACCGUCCACCUGCUCGGUUCCUGGGACAACUACAGCGGUCAGCUCCCGCUGUCCAAGGACAAGUCCUCGUCCAAGUCGGGCACCUGGAAAGGCACCUUCCGCUUCCAGCAGGCCACCCUCCAGCCCGGUCAGCGGUACUGGUACUACUACAUCAUUGAUGGGUACCAUGUCUCGCACAACCCCAGCGAGGACUCGACCGUCGAGCCCACCACCGGCCGCACCCUGAACAUCCUCGAUGUUCCCAAGGCCAAGUCUUCUUCCUCGUCCUCGUCUUCCAAGUCGUCGUCCCGCAAGUCAACCUCGUCCUCCAAGCGCCACAGUUCCAUCGGCGGCGACAUCCCCAAGGGCCGCCCCUUGUCCAUGUCGCAGAUCAAGGCCCCCAAGCCGGUGUUGCCCAAUGCCACGCGCCGCAUUCUCGAGAAUGACUUCGACGAGGAUGAGCUGUCCAGCCGCUUCGCCGCCACCGGCAUCUACGACGACUACUACUACGACGACGAGGACGUCAUCACCGACUUUGGCGCCCCGGGCUCGCCCGCCUCAUCGGUCGGCUCCUCGCUCUCGUACCACUCCGACAGUUCGGGCUCGUCCGGCUACAGCACGCCGUCGUCAGACUGCUCGUCGUGCACCUGUGAGCGCUACGGCAUCACCCGCAAGGGCGAGCGCGUGCGCCUCGAUUGCGGCGGCUCCCGGUGUUCGUACGAGGACUCGUGCUCAUCGUCCGAGGACGAGACCGAGUACAUCGAGCGUAGCUCUCGCCGCAACGGCAUCGUCGUCCGCCAAUGAGCUGCGCCCGGCCCUGGUCGGGUGAGAUAACGUCAAGCUAGGAAGAAGACUCGGGUCAAUAAGAGGGCCAGAGGCGUGGUCCUCC